AUGGAGAAAAAUUGGCCGCCUCUCAAGAAUGAUCGACUCCUUCGAGCCGCACGAGGUGAGAAAGUUGACAGACCACCAAUAUGGGUGAUGCGACAAGCCGGUCGUUACCUUCCCGAGUACCACAAGGCCAAAGGCAAGCACGACUUCUUCGAGUGCUGCCGCUCCCCUGAGAUCGCCUCCACCCUGACUCUCCAACCUAUCGAUCGCUACGACGGCCUCAUUGACGGGGCGAUUAUUUUCUCCGACAUCCUCGUCAUCCCACAGGCAAUGGGCAUGGAAGUCCUGAUGGUCGACGGCGUGGGGCCCAAGUUCCCGAACCCGCUCCGGAGCCCGUCGGACAAACAGUACCAGGAGAUUGUGAAGAGAGAGGUUGACGUGAAGAAGGAACUGGACUACGUGUACAAAGCCAUCACACUGACGAGGGAGAAGUUGGCCGGACGAGUGCCGUUGUUUGGGUUUUGCGGCGCGCCCUGGACACUGCUGUGCUACAUGGUGGAAGGAGGCGGGACAAAAAUGUUCAAGGAAGCAAAGACGUGGGUCUACAAGUAUCCGGAAGAGAGCAAGGUCCUCUUGAAGAAGAUGUCGGCGAUCUGCGUCGAGCACCUCACAUUACAAGUGGCUGCAGGAGCACAGAUUGUGCAAGUCUUCGACUCCUGGGCGGGAGAACUGUCGCCGGCAUCGUUCAAGGAGAUCUGUCUCCCGUCAUUAAGGUAUAUUGCAGAGAACCUACCCAAGCGGUUACGGGAGAUUGGUGAAGACGUGGUCCCCAUGGUCGUCUUCGCAAAGGGUGCAUGGUACGCUCUGGACGAACUCUGCGACCUGGGCUACGAUGUUGUGGGACUGGAUUGGCUGCACGAUCCCAAGGAUGCGGUGAAGAUAGCAAGAGGGAGAGUCACUUUGCAAGGUAAUGCUGACCCCGGCGUGCUCUAUGGAGGCCAUGGGGCCAUCACGAAAGUUGUCGAGAACAUGGUUGAGGGCUUCGGAGGGGGCAAAGAACGAUGGAUCGCGAAUCUCGGACAUGGCGUGACCCCUGGCGUCGACCCAGACGAUUUGAAAUUCUUCUUCGAGGAGAUCCACAGGUGUACUGCAUAA